AAUUGCAUUAAAAGCAAAUGAUUAUAUUUGCCAUCUUCAUUUUAAAGAAGAAAAUAUAAAUAUGUACGAAAAGUUAACUAUUAAAGGAGAGCUCAAAUAUAUUCCUACACAAAGAAAAACGCUUAAGGAAGAAGCUGUGCCCACGAUUGAGCAUCAGUUUAUUCCCAUUCCCGAACAUGAACUCCAAGCCAAUACUAUUCACAUAGAGGAAUCUUUCGAACCAUACCCCAAUCAACUUAAGGACGAGCAGCAACAACAAAUCAAUGCCGAGCAACAGGAAUUAUCAGAAGAUCAAAAUGAUUCUAAUAAUUUAAUGGAUUAUGAAAUGAUACAACAGGACUUUGCGGAACCAUUGUUUAGUCAAUAUCAGGAUACUAAUGUAACAAUUAAUCCAAUAGAGAAUUUUAAAAGUAAGUUUCGGGCAUUUUCGUUGUUGCCGCCUUUUUGGCUACAUGCAGAAAAUCCUAAUGGGCUGGAAUUUAUGCGAAUGGAUCCAAAAACUCAGAAGAUUAAACAUCAUAUACGUUUAAACGAUGAUCUAACUGUCACUGUAAUUUUUCCCAAUAAUGAACAAUUGCCACUAAAGGAGAAAAUUAAUUCAUAUGACAACACCUACGAUUACUUAAAAUCGGUUGAAAGAUGGCCUUUGUGCGUUGGUACUCAGAUUGACGACAAUAAAUUUUGUAAA